ACACCAGCUGCUCACGCACUCGGACGUGUUUUCGCAUCCGUUUUCGCAGCCGAUUCGCAACGCUCCGCAGCUCGGUGCCGCCAACAACAGUUGGGCCUCCAAAGCGAGCAACACAAACAAGUGGCCAGCGGACUGGAGUUUCGGCGGGCCGGAGCCUCGAUAUACGAAUAUAAUGUGACAAGAGGACAAGAUGGACUUCCAGAAUCGCAACAAUACGGCCAACAAGUUUGUCUGCCCCAGCGACAGGCAACUGGCCCUGCGUGCCAAAUUGAAAGCUGGCUGGAGCAGUUCCAAGACCAGUGAGCCGCUGCGCCCCGAGGAGCAGGAGGCCAUCAUCUCGGUGAUCCGGCGCAACGAGGAGAUCGAGGUGGCCGAGCGGCAGCGGGUUGGCCGCCUGGUGGAGCGGGUCGAGAAGAUCAAGCAGCAUGCCGUGGAGCGGGGACCCAACUGCUGUCGCCUGUGCGGCGACGCCUUCGGCAUCCUGCGACCGCAGCGCAUCCUGUGCGAGGACUGCCGCCAGUCGGUGUGCGCCAAGUGCAGCGUGGACAUCAACAUCCGCUACCACACCAGCGAGCGCUCACGCGAGAUCUGGCUGUGCCGCAUCUGCUCCGAGACGCGCGAGAUGUGGAAGAAGUCCGGCGCGUGGUUCUUCAAGGGUCUGCCCAAGUACGACAUGCCGCGCAGCGCCAGUGCCACGCCCAUUCCCACCCCGGCGCCCGGAUCCAUGGCAGGCGACACGCGGGCCGUUCAAAGCUGUCAUGCGACGCCAACACGACCGGCGCGGGUGAAGAAGCUAACGAUCCGGGUGAACGACAGCAGCUCCAGCAGCAGUGGCCAUUCGGAGCCGGAGGACGAGGUGGACACCGGCGUAGGAGUAGGCGUCAGCGGCGGCGGUGGGGGCAUGGCCAAGGGCAUAACCUCCGCCCGUUUGCAGCGGGAGGAUAGCUUCCGGCUGAGGGCCUACGGCUCCAUACGCAGCUUCAUCGACGGCAGCGAACGGAAGCUGUCUAACUCCUUCUUCUUUAGCCGCCAGCAAAGUCAACGGCCGUCGGAGUGCCCGGAAUACGACAGCGUCAGCAUGUCGAAGCUGAGGCGGGAGAGCAGCUUCCUGCGGCGCGGCUCCGUCAGCUCGUCCUGGUCGAUCAGCGACAGUUCCGGCUCCGGAUCCAACAACUCCGGCAACUCACAAUCGCAGUCGCACUACCAGCAGCACCAGCAACAGCUCCAGCAGCACUGCCGGGACCCCCUGCUCGGCUGGCUGGAGAUUGCCAUCAGCUAUCGGGAGGCCUUCCACAGCCUCGACUGCACCAUGGUGCGGGCCAGGGAUCUGCCCGCCAUGGAUGCGGCCGGAUUGACGGACCCGUACUGCAAGCUCAACAUCAUCACGCCGGAGGCGCACACCAAGUACACGCGAUGGCAGCGCACAAAGACGGUGCACAAGACCCGCAAUCCGGAGUUCAACGAAACGCUGCAGUUCGUCGGCGUGGAGCCCGAGGAGCUGGGUAACUCGCUGAUUUACGUGGCUCUCUUCGACGACGACAAGUACGGCCACGACUUUCUCGGUGCGGCCAAGGUCUGCCUUUCCACGGUGCACAGCACUUCGCAGUACCGGAUAUCGGUGCCACUCGGCGUGGAGGACCAGUACAGCAACGCGGCGGAAAUGGCCCAGAACUGGCCCAAUGGCAAGAUGCUCCUCUCGCUCUGCUACAACACCAAACGCAGGGCGCUGGUGGUGAACGUGAAGCAGUGCAUCAACCUGAUGGCCAUGGAUAACAACGGCAGCUCCGAUCCCUUCGUCAAGAUCCAACUCAAACCGGAUGCGCACAAGAACAAGAAGCACAAGACCAGCGUCAAGUGGCGCACGCUCAAUCCCAUCUACAACGAGGAGUUCUACUUCGAGGCGAGUCCCCACGACCUCAACAAGGAGAUGCUCAUCCUGACCGUCUGGGACAAGGAUCUCGGCAAGAGCAACGACUUCCUGGGCAGCCUGCAACUGGGCGCCCAAAGCAAGGGCGAACGCCUCCAGCAGUGGCUCGACUGCAUCCGAUUGCCCGAUCACUUCCACGAGAAAUGGCAUUGCCUCGCCCCCGACAAUCCCGCCCACUGAGUAGCCCCAUCGGAUCCCAAUUGGAUCCGACCCAGUCCAUGCGAUUCGAACUUAUCUGUACCGAUAUGGAUGUUUUCCUAUAGGACACAUUUUUGCGAACUGAUUUCUCAGCCAAGUUAUGAAAAUACGAACAACAUCUUUUGCGUCAAGUAGUUCAAGAAUAACUCAAUGCUAGCUUUUUUCUUUCCAUAACUUUUUUAGCCUCAAAUUUACUUAAUUGAAUGUUGAAUACCUUAGUAUUUUAAAGAUAUUAACUGCAUGCUUUGCUAGAACGAAUCACCACUAAUUGGAACUCAAGGUUCAGCGUGAAAAGGACGAUUUGUGUGGGACUGAGCAGAGAAAUCAGGUCGUGAAAAUGAGGCUUUAGCUCCAAAUAUAUACACAUAUACAUAUACAUAUAUACUAACAUAUACAUACAUAUAUUUUUGAUAAGCCUGAAUGGGUGUGAGUAAGCAAGAACAAGCUAAAGAGCGCGAGAAAUAUUGUGUGUGGUGUGUUUGAGUGACUGCUUUCGAAAAAUCUCGUACGUAACCCCAAUUUUCUAUGUCUAUACUUUGGCUCUUAUCGGCAUUUUUGUAUACUGUAUAUAGCUUGUUUAAGUGUCCUUACCAAGGGUUAACCAACAUCAAAAUCUUUUCGAUUCAUUGCUAAAUUCAAUCUUUAAUCAAACGUAUACUUACAUAUGUACUUCAAUAUAUCGAAAUAUAUGCAUAUAUAUUCUAAAAAG